AUGGUCAGCUCUGACGACUGCAUGCAAAAAUCGUCGACAGCUCCGGCGACUACUUCCCGACCAUCUUCUCCACCUUCGGCUAACCCUUCAAAAGAAAUUAUGGAAGACAUGCAUGAUGAUACUUUGGUGGAAUCCAAUAAUGAGAACGUUACAGACAACAUGAACAUAGUGGAAGAUGAAAUGUUAGGAGGUGAUGGUGCGAUUGUGCCUGAGGUGGUACACUCUCACCACUGCAUUGCCAACAGGUCCUGUAGUGCAAUUGGAAUGCUGAACACUGACUUAGCAGUGAUGCUAGAGAUUGUAGCUACAUCAUCAGUUCAAGGUACCAUUGUGGAGCAAAGACAUGAGCUAAUGGUUUCACCCACAGGUGGUAUACCAACUUGGAGAAAAGCCCAUUUUAUUAAACCCUCUGUUUCAUCCAUUGAUGGACCACCCAUGAAGCUCCCAUCUCUGUCCCCUAUGCCAAUUUGGCCUCUGGAGGUCGUUUUCAGUGGGUGGAUGGAUCCAAUCAAGAAAUGGAAAACAUGGAAAAAUGGUGUUCUGAGACUAACACCUUUAUUUUCCCAUGGGGUGAGGCAGCUACUACAUUGGAGGAUUUGCAGAUUUUGGGUGGUUUUUCAGUUUUGGGCAGUCCUGUUGAGUCCUGGAACUAGUUGA